AUGCCAGUUGAACAAGGAGGAAUGACCGGUGGACGCGGUGUCCCACAUCCAAACUCUGCCGCCGGACAAGCUCUCACCAAUGCCGGUGGAAUGACCGGAGGAUCCGCUGUUCCACAUCCAAACUCUGCCGCCGGACAAGCUCUCACCAAUGCCGGUGGAAUGACCGGAGGAUCCGCUGUUCCACAUCCAAACUCUGCCGCCGGGCAAGAGCUUGCCAACAAGAAUCUUGAAGAGAAGACCGUUUUGGAGGGAGGGACCCAAGUCAAGCCAUGGCUCAAGAACCAACCAGACCUUGCCGCUAUCCGCAACCAAAACCAACAAAACCAAUAA